GUUUCAAAAUUAUGCACCGGUUGCGCGUGUAAUAGACAUAAGCGCUAAUGCGUUUUAAUAGAAAUUGUUAUUGACGAUGUCAUUUUGGGGAGAUUCAGGUGGAUUUUUUGAAGAAAAUUCUGACGAAGAGAGUUUUUCGGAUAGUAAUCCAGUAUCUUCACUUAAUCAUGGUAGAGAUUCGGUAAUAUUUCUUAUUGAUGCCACUGAAUCGAUGGUUGAAAAUUCAAUUGAUGGAGCCACACUAUUUCAAACAUGUUUUAAGUGUCUUCAUAGUGUACUACUAAGCAAGAUAAUAUCAAGGGAAAAGGACCUUAUUGGUGUCGUAUUAUUCGGAACAAAUGUUAAAAAAAAUGAAAGUGAUUUUGAUAAUAUUUAUGAAUAUCAAAGUUUAGAUAUGCCUGAAGCUAAUCAAAUCUUAAAAGUCGAAAAUCUAUUAUCAGAAAAACCAAUUAAAGAGUUUAUUAAACAUUUAGGGCAUUCAAAUUCAUUUUCAAUAUCAGAAGCUUUAUGGGCUUGUUCAAGUAUGUUUGCAAACAGUUCAUACAAACUGGGUAAAAAAACUAUUCUUUUAUUUACUACCACAGACGAUCCUCAUUCUAAUAACUUAAAUUUAAAAAAGCAAGCUUUAAAAAGAGGGAGAGACCUUUCAGACCUUGGAAUUGAUUUGCAAUUAAUGCAUUUAAAAAAAGAAAAUCAUCACUUUGAUGUAAGUGCAUUUUACAAAGACUUAAUUAAUACUGAAGAUUAUAAUACUUUAAUUGAUCCAUCAGAAAAGUUUGAAGAACUUCUUACUAGAGUGAGAAUAAAAAGCCAUAACAAACGAACAGUAUGUCGGUUGUUGUUUUUUUUCAAUGAUAGCAUAAAAUUUGGAGUGUCAAUGUACAUUUUAAAUAAAUUGUGCACAAAAGGAAGCCAUGUAAAUAUUGAUAGAAGAACAAAUGAAGAAGUUCAGUGCUCAACAAAAUAUUUUUGCAAAGAUACAGGUCUUGAAUUAUUGUCUACUGAUAUUAAGUGUUACCAAAAUUUUGGAGGUGAAAAAGUUAUUUUCGAAAAGGAAGAAGUAGAUAAAAUGAAAGCUUUUAUUGAGCCUGGUUUUCAUUUAUUGGGGUUUAAAAAAAUCAAAUAUUUAAAGGACUUCUAUCAUAUUAAACCAUCAAGUUUCAUCUACCCAGAUGAAAAUAGUUAUUUAGGGAGCUCAAACAUCUUUGCAACACUUCUUAAAAGAUGUGUGGUAAAAAAAGUUUUGCCGAUAUGUGUUUUGGUAUCAAGCACUUUUUCUUGCCCACGAUUUGUUGCUUUAAUGCCUCAGACUGAACUUGAUGAUAAAAAAAGUGCACAAGUAAAUGCUCCUGGUUUCCAUGUAAUAUACUUACCCUAUAGUGAAGAUAUAAGAAAGUUAAAGUUAGAAAAUAGAUCAAGAGCUAAUGACGAUCAAGUUGAUAAAGCAAAGAAAUUAAUAGAAAAGUUGAAUAUUGAUUAUUCCAUAAGUAUGUUUGAAAAUCCAUCGAUUCAGAAAUUUUACAGGUGCUUGGAAGCAUACGCUUUGGAUAGAGAAGAAAUGGAUGAAUUUAUUGAUUCCACUCUCCCAAAAGUUGAUUAUAUGGAGAAGGAUGCUUCAAAAGAAAUACAAGAAUUCAAGGAAAUUGUAUUCCCAGAAGAUUAUAAUACUAACAAACGAGGCAAUUCUUCAACUUCAGAGUCAGUUUCAAAAAAAGUAAAAUGCGACGAAACAUCUGAAGUCGAUAUUGAGGCAGUUGCAAGAAACGGUUUACUAAAUAAAUUAACUGUUUCUCAAAUGAAAAUAUUUUGUCAAAAAAAUAAAAUAAAAAGUUCAUCUUUUAAGAAAGCUGAUUUUGUUUCAGCUAUCAAUUCUUUUUAUAAAAUUUAGUUAAUUGUUAUUUCAGCAAAUACAGAAAAAUGUUAUAAUCAUAUUUCUAUAAUAAAGAAUGUAAAUUUU